CCACCCCCUCACUUCCCUCCUGUUAAUCCUCAGUGAACAGCCCAUUCAGGGAGCAGCGACGGAGGCCAACAAAGCACUACUUGAAAAUCAUUUGGAUAGAUUUUUGAACAAUCACCGGCUAUGGCAGCAAUCAGGAAAAAGCUGGUCAUAGUGGGAGAUGGGGCUUGUGGAAAGACCUGUCUGCUCAUCGUGUUCAGUAAGGACCAGUUUCCAGAAGUCUAUGUGCCCACAGUCUUUGAGAACUAUGUCGCUGACAUUGAAGUCGACAGUAAACAGGUCGAGUUAGCGCUCUGGGAUACAGCUGGUCAAGAGGACUAUGACAGACUGCGCCCACUCUCUUAUCCAGACACUGAUGUCAUUCUCAUGUGCUUUUCUAUUGACAGUCCUGACAGUCUUGAGAACAUCCCUGAAAAGUGGACUCCAGAGGUGAAACACUUCUGCCCCAAUGUUCCCAUUAUACUAGUGGGAAAUAAAAAGGAUCUGCGCAAUGAUGAGCACACCCGAAGGGAACUUGCCAAAAUGAAGCAGGAACCGGUGAAACCAGAGGAUGGGCGGGACAUGGCUAACAGGAUCGGUGCCUUUGGAUACAUGGAGUGCUCCGCGAAAACAAAGGAUGGUGUGAGGGAAGUGUUCGAGAUGGCCACCAGGGCUGCACUACAGGCCAGGCGGGGGAAGAAGAGCAGUAAAUGUGUCCUACUGUAAGAGGGGGCACGAGGACUGCUCCCUGCAGGGGGAACCAAGAAGGAGCAUUAGGUCAAACCUACCCCCAAACACACCCACACAAAAGACUGCUCUACCCCAGUUUUUACUAAAGGUGUAAUGCUUUUACUUUUUUGUCUUAAGCAAAAGUAGUCAGGUUCUGUCAGUAUUCAAGUUUGAGGUUAUGGAAACUACUUUUUUGUACUUUAACAUGAGUAAAUCUGCCAUAAUGAAACCUCCUUUAUCAACACAUACUAAGUAAUCAAAGAGGUCAGCCAGGGGACCUGUUGAGUCAUAGCUGCCAACUACAGUAAAGUGCUUAAGCCCUGCCUGCUGAUCUGAGGAAUGUUUCCACAGCCAACUAGGGUGAAGUACCUACACACUGUGACCCGUAGUCCUUUAAUUAUUUCAACAAACAGAUGCACACGCCGAGUCAAAAUGUGUUUGUGCGUUUCAGAUACAAAUCCUCUGUGCAUUAUUAUCACAUGCACAAUAUGAGACUGGAAACUCAUUUUGUUAAAACGCAAAUGGAAACUUAGUGUUUUGUGAAAUAAAUUACUUUGUAAGAAUCUUGA